UUUCGUUUCCGUGCAGAGAGGGUCAAUUUCGAAGCCUCUCGAAUCCAAACUCAGAACAUUCAUUUCCCUAUAAACUCGACGUCGUUUCAUUCCCCUCUCCAAGAAAACAUCUAGCUGAAGAUUCCAAUCGGAGCUCAGAAAAAAGAAACCUAAUCGCCGAUCGCGUCGCCGUCGCGCCGAAAGUUCGUUGUUGUUCUGUGAAAUUGCCGGUUUUAAUUUUUCGUUUUGUGAUAAUUCUGAGAAUUAGUAACAAUUAUUGUGGUUUUUUUUUCUGUUAGGUAACGUUGCUGUGGUUCUUUUUUUUUCUUUUUUCUUUUUUAUAAUUUCGUUGCCGUUUUGUAGGUGAAGAUAGUCGUUUUGGUUGCUGCUGUGUUUUUUGUUUUCUGGUGUUCGAAUUGUGUGCAAUUUUGAAUUCUACUUGUUAGUUGUGUAAUUUGUUUGUUUUCUAUCACUUUUGUGUUCUGGAGUUAAAAUGUUUUCUAAUGAGUUAAGAAGCGUUUGCUUUUGUGGUACGUAGCUGUACAAUACGAUGCCGUGAAUUCCAAGGUUUCGGUUUGGUUUAGUUUAAUUUACGAAAACCUUGGGUUUCUGGCAUGAAUUGUUGUCUUUAUUGGAUGAUCUACGGUGGCAUUAUGUAGGUCGUAAUAUCAUAAAAAUUGAGUAAGAAGCGAAGCCUUGAUUCAAACGGUGGCAUGAGGGUUCGCUUAGUUCGAAAUGAACUGCACAAGGUGCAGUUCUUCUAUCCUGUGUUCCGUAUUUAAUUUUUGGAUUUUGUAAUUGAAAUUAUGAUUAUGCUAAUUCUUUAUGGUUCAGUUCAGAUUAUGACAUUCCACAUCCUCAUAUUAUGUUGGAAAAGCUUAAACUAACUUUGUCUAUUGGUCUGUUAUUUGCAAUGUCUUAAAAAUCCGUGUUCAAUCAGACAAACUGUGAACCCGUUCAAUUAUAUUUCAACUCCUGUUGAAUCAUCAGUUUAACUCGUUUUGAAUUAUGAUCCAAACCCCUGUUCAGUCUCUGUUCGGUUUUUGAAACAUUGGUUUUCUGUGCAUUGUGCGAACCACAGACCUUUAGUGGCUUAUGAUAACAAUCUAAGCGAAAAAUAAGGCACAAGCUAGUUUGCGAUUAAAGUAAUAAGAUAGUGGGACACUUGGAUGGAUAGGAAGGAUCUGUAUAGGUCUCUGCAAGAAAAUGUUAGGAGACUCGAGGCAGGUGAAUGACUAUAUAGUUUAGGUUGUACAUAGAAAUCUCUUGCAGGAAAAUGCAAUUUGCAUCCAAAGGGGACUACCCAGUUGCAGAAAGCUCCUGCUGCAUGGAUACUAUUACUCUUUUGAAGGGAAGAAUGGCCAAACGACAUAUCUCUGCCUUACCCAUCUCAAUUUGUCUUUGUUCAUCCUCUACUGUGGGAAAAUGCUUUGGAACCAGUUUUGAUGUUGUUAAAGCUUAAUGUGGGAUAUCCCUUUUGUAUUAUUCACAGGAAAUAUCCAUUUGUUUCUUUGCCAGUUUAUGUUCAGUGAAAAGGCUGGCUUGAUGCCACUCCCAUUGGUAGAUGUCACAUGAAUACUCAGUACUAUCAGUGCCAACAUUUCCAUCUUUCUUCUUCCAGCCUUUGCUUUGUCUUGGUUGGUAUAGAAGUGACAAUCCAGCCGCACUCUUAACGUGGAUAAUGAUUUCAUUUUUGAAUAUUGAUAACCUAGUCCCCUGGAGUAGUGUUAAUAUUCUUUUUGGCAGUGAACACACAGUCCACUGUCAAGUUACCUAGUUAAUGAAGUGAAGGGUUAUAAUUUGAUCCAAAGGAAUCUGCCAAGGUGCAGAUGAUGUGGAGUUUUUAUGUUCUUCCUUUUGGUAAGUUUCAGUUCUUGGAGGAGUCAAAUGCUGAACUGCGUUUUAAGGUUGGAGUGUCUAUUGAUUGGAUCAGUAUAGUUGGAUUUGGUUCAGAGAGUUCUUCAAGGAUUCAAGUGACCAUUCAAUGCUAUUGGUUUCUAUUUACUGCUUGAGGCUGUCAAGUACCCCAGUGCCACCUUAUAGUAAUAUGUGGAAUUCUUGUAUAUACACUAGUUUUGAUGUGUUCUCCUCUUGGAGUAGUGCUGAUUGGAGCUGCAUUAAUCGAUUUUGUUGUUGCUGAUUUCAAUUGGUCUGCGGCAGUAUAGAAGAAAUCAACGAUGCAUUGGUGUUUACCUGGCUUGAUGGGGUGACUGAAUAUGCCUUUAGAAGUUUUAGGAUUAUUUCUAAAUGUGUUCCUACAUGCAGGUCCCUAAAGCUUACUUCCUGCUUCUAGAUAGUUGGUAAUCUUAUCUGAGGGUAGCUAGUACCAUGGGAGAAGUGGCAGUAAUGCACUCUGAGCCUCUGCAGUUCGAGUGCAAUGACAUUACUGUGAAUAUGACUGAGAAGGAAGUGUAUCCUCCAGAAUCAAAUGUGGAUCACUUGCCUGGAGAAGAAUCGAGUCAAUCAACAGACCACAAAAAUAUCAAUUACUUGCAAGAGAAAGGAUUUAUGGAAUAUGGAUGUCAGCAUUACCGGAGAAGAUGCCGUAUUAGGGCCCCCUGUUGCAAUGAGAUUUUUGAUUGCCGCCAUUGUCACAAUGAGGCAAAAAAUGAUAUCAACAUUGAUCUGAAGCUUAGACAUGAUAUUCCACGACACGAAGUCAAACAGGUGAUUUGUUCACUUUGUGGGACUGAACAAGAGGUUCAGCAAAACUGUAUAAAUUGUGGUGUUUGUAUGGGAAAAUACUUCUGUGGAACAUGCAAGCUUUUUGAUGAUGAUAUAUCUAAGCAGCAGUACCAUUGCUGUGGCUGUGGAAUUUGCAGAACUGGAGGAAGCGAAAAUUUCUUCCAUUGCUACAAGUGUGGUUGUUGCUACUCAACUCUUCUGAAAAACAGUCACCCUUGUGUAGAAGGAGCAAUGCAUCAUGAUUGCCCUGUUUGUUUUGAGUAUUUGUUUGAAUCAAGAAACGAUGUCACUGUUAUGCCAUGUGGACAUACGAUCCAUAAGAGCUGCCUGAAUGAAAUGAGAGAACAUUUCCAGUAUGCAUGCCCUCUCUGCUCAAAGUCAGUCUGUGACAUGUCAAAGGUUUGGGAGAAAUUUGACCUUGAGAUUGCUGCUACACGAAUGCCUGAGCAAUAUCAAAAUAAAAUGGUUUGGAUCCUGUGCAAUGACUGUGGUAAAACUUCUCACGUUCAGUUCCAUUUUGUGGCUCAAAAGUGUCCGAACUGCAAAUCCUACAACACACGACAAACAUGAGGCGGAGCAGGUGGCCACGAUUAUUCAUUGGCUUCAUCAAAAGCCUUCACUCGAGAGCUCUCUUGAUGUUGUCGUGACUUGUGAAGGCAGUGAAAAUAGAUGUGCAUCCAUUGGGUACGUGGAUGUGCACGUGUGGGAAUUUGGAGUGCAUGAUGAGCCACAUUCAGAGGGAUAAAAUAAUGGUUCUUAUGUUGAUUUGGAGUGGGGUGGUUUAAUUUGUUGGGGCUCCCCUAGUAGUUGGAAUAGUCCAGAGUGUUAGAGUUCUUGUAUUAUAUUUGUUUUAGCCCUAUCGAUAAGUAUUCUAGUUAAAUUACUCUUUAAGUGAAAUUCAUUCUUCCAAUUAUUUUUAUUUUUCUAUACAACUAAUCCAGAUUAUCACUUAUGACAAUAAUAAUGUAACUACAUUUUCAUCGUC